AUGGCAGAGAAAUAUGGCACGCCCGGCAAGACCGACAACGAGGGGUUUGACCCUUACGCGGACACUGUGGGCCCAGGCAUCUAUGGUGGCAUCGUCAAGCGCGAUGCAGCUGGCAGCGUCGUCAUUGGCAGGCAGUACCAGAAUCAUAACCCGCGGCCUGGUCCGGUCUACGCCGGGGGAGGCUACACGCCGAUAAAUGAGGCACUGAGGAAGGGGCCUGCAGCUCUGAAACCGUUGCUGGACAAGUAUCCGGAUUUGGCAAAUGAUGUUUCCACCGGGGGUGCCACUCCCUUGCACAUGUGCGGCAUGGGUCGGGAUAAUCAGCACGCCACGGAGUACCUGAUCAGGCGUGGUGCCAAGGUAGAAGCCUUGGACACCUACGGGAUGACGCCGCUGCACCGCAUGGCAUCCAACAACCUCCCAGUAGGAGCAAGGGCUCUGCUGGAGGCUGGUGCCGAUCCCCACGGCAAGGGCCAGGCGCGCGCCAGCCCAAUGGAGGUCGCACAGGAUGCGCGUGCCAAGGAGGUGAUGUCGGUUCUGGCAGAAUACCUUCGUAAGCCGCGCCCCGCCCCUGCUCAACUUCGUGUAUCCAACUCUGGCUCGCAGAGUGUCAACGUAGUCUACACUCAGAGGCAUCCCGAGGUGAUUCCUGUUGGCUUCAGCCUAACCUGCGCAGAGCAACGCUGGGAUGCUGAAAAGAUGUGGCUGCAGCUCAGUGACCAGCAGACUCCCUGGUACGAGGCUGAAAACGGUGCAUAUAUCUAUUGGAAUCGCGGUGAUGGCCAAUGGUGGAUUGAUGCACCAGACGGCAAAGGAGUGUACAUAGCAAAAGCCUCUGCUGCAACAGUUCCCGGGGAUGGUUGGAGAGCUUUGCCGGGGGUGGCGGAACCUCUACCCUUUGUGGAGCUGCUUCCAACAGCGUCAAGUGAACUCUAG